UAGACACCAAAAACACUAGAGCUCCCUCCCAAACACUUCACUACACUGUCUUCGGAUGGGUGGGUUGCAAUAACCGCCCCGAUCACACUCCAGGACCACUGAGGAACACACUCGACACACUCCAGAGACCAGCCAGUGCUAUUGGAAUAAGAUGCUGCUCAUAGUCCUCGUCUUGUAUUUGUGUCCGGUUUUUCAGUGCCAAACUGAGGAUACUGACUUUUCAGAGGAUGUUGACUUUGAAGAAGUAUACAUGACUUCUGACAUGGAUUCAAAUGCUGCAGCUCCUCUCAGAAUCCCGCGGCAGGUGAAAAUGCUACUAUCUAAGGAAACUAAACCUCACAUUCAGGAGCUGUCGGUCCAGACCACCAUCAUUUCCCGCUAUGCCUUCACUGCGGUGUCCUGUAGCAUGCUUAACAGACACUCAGCUGCCACUCAGGGCGUCUUUCAGUUCCACAUUCCCACUGCUGCAUACAUCUCCAACUUUACCAUGAUUGUGGGAGGACGAAUCUUUCCCAGCCAGGUGAAAGCAAAGGAGAAGAAGAUGAAGAAGGAAGGAGGAGAAAACAAUGGGAAGAAAAACAAGGACACACCAGAGCAGAGUGAGGGUGAGAUGGAGUUGUUUCGAAUGGAGGUCACUAUUCCUGGACGCAACCGUGCUGUGUUCUUCCUGAUCUACGAAGAGCUGCUGCAGAGACGAUUGGGCCGCUACGAGCAUGUGACCAGUGUUAGGCCAAUGCAAUUGGUCAGCAGACUCAGCGUGGGCGUUACUAUUGUAGAGCAUUCCCGUAUCACUUAUCUUGAAGUAUUACCCCUACGAAAUGGCAAAACUCCAUCUUCCAAUGGCAUUGGGAAACCAAAUGGUAAAGUAGGACCACCAGUUUCCACAGUAGUCAAACAAAAUGAAUCCAUUUGCAAGAUCAGCUUCACUCCCAACAUCGCCCAGCAAGCCAAAAUUGCCACCAAUGGCAUGCUGGGAGAAUUUGUGGUGCGCUUUGAUGUAGAGAGAGAAAAUGGCAUCGGCGAUAUACAGGUGCUAGAUGGACAUUUUGUGCACUAUUUUGCUCCCAGAGACCUGCCUGUCGUGCCAAAGAAUGUUGUAUUUGUGAUUGAUACUAGCGCCUCCAUGGUUGGAACCAAAAUCAGACAGACCAAAGAAGCCCUGUUUACGAUCCUACGCGAGUUGCGGCCCAACGAUCACUUCAAUUUUGUCACUUUUUCCAAUCGCAUCCGUGUGUGGCAGCCGGGCAAACUGGUGCCCGUCACACCCAACAAUAUACGUGAUGCCAAGAAGUUCAUCUACAUGAUCUCACCCACUGGAGGCACUGACAUCAACGGUGGAAUUCUGACAGGCUCGGCAUUGCUCAGUGACUACUUGUCCAGCAAAGAAGAGUCCCAUCACAACAGCGUGUCGCUCAUCAUCUUCCUGACCGAUGGGCGACCCACAGUGGGCAUAGUUCAGAGUCCAACCAUCAUUGGCAACACCAAAGCAGCAGUGCAGGAGAAGUUCUGCCUCUUCACUAUUGGGAUGGGUGAUGAUGUGGACUACAGGCUCCUGGAGAGGAUGUCCCUGGAAAACUGUGGAACCAUGAGGAGAAUCCCAGAGGACGCAGACGCCAGCGUCAUGCUCAAAGGCUUCUACGAUGAGAUUGGCACUCCGCUGUUAUCCGACAUCCGGGUGGAAUACUCCGAGGAUGCUGUGGAAUACAUCACCCAGAACCUUUUCACAAACUACUUCAACGGCUCUGAGCUCGUUGUGGCCGGAAAACUGACCAAUCGCAGCGCAGACUCGCUGCACGUUCAGGUGACCGCCAGCAACAGCGAGAAGAGCAUCGUGCUGGAGAAAGACGUGUCACUACACGAGCGAGAACAGGAAACCGAACGGCGGCUAGCGGAAGCAAAGGUGGGUCCGAACGCGGACGGUUAUGUGGAGCGACUGUGGGGAUAUCUGAGUGUUAAAGACGGGCUAAAAGGACGACUGCGAAGCCAGGCGAGCGGAGAGCGGGAAAACUACACGCAACACGCUACAAAUCUUUCGUUAAAGUAUAAUUUCCUCACGCCGCUCACGCAAAUAAUAGUGGAGAAACCACAAGUGCUGGCCGAUGGAACUUUAGCACAGACAGAGGUGGAGGCCACAGAGGCUCCGCCCCCUCCUGAGUCGUCCAAUCAGCUGUCAGAAGACGACAACAGUCUAACACCCCAGAGCCUGCACAGAAAUGAACCACCCAAGCCGAUUUCUGCAGUCGCCAAAGCAACAAGUGGCGUCAGCAAACCCGCCAAAAAGUCUGUCACCAUAUCCAAAACAUCCGCUGAUGGCGACCCUCAUUUUGUGGUGGAGAUUCCUCAAAGUAAACUGACUGUGUGUUUCAACAUUAAUGGGGAGCCAGGACACAUCCUGCGACUGGUGACUGACCAUAAACACUCAGGCGUGACUGUGAACGGUGCGCUGAUUGGUGCUCCAGCCCCAGCCGGCAGUCAUAAAGAACAAAGGACAUAUUUCAACAGCAUAACUAUAGUAGCCAAUAAGCCGAGGCGCUCCUACAUUGAGGUGACCCCACAAAAGGUCAUACUGGACGACCGUGACCGAAUGAUCCUUCCAUCCAGCUCCAGCAUUUCAGUUGAAACCACCAACCUGGCUGUGGUCCUUAUUGCUAACACAAACCUGACUGUAACCAUCCAAGGAAAUAUCCAAUUUGUCAUCUUAUUCCACCAUUACAAAAAUCCAGCGCCCUAUCAGCGAGAUCACCUGGGAUUUUACAUCGCUAACAGCAAAGGAUUGAGCAAGGAUACACACGGGUUGUUAGGCCAGUUCCUGUAUGAAGAGAUUGGAUUGACACAGCUUCCUGGAAAUUUCAGCAUGGCCGGAGAAAACAUCACACGGGAAACACAAGGGGAAAAUAUCACUCUACACAAUUACCCCGCACUAAAGGUGAAGGAUCGUACUGUCGCCGUCAUAAAGAAGUGCAGACGAAUCUACUCUGGAAAGCAGACCGUAGACUGCUGGUUUGCCAAAAACAAUGCGGCCAAACUGAUCGAUGGACAAUACGCAGAUUAUGUUGUGUCACAUCUGUUUGACAUAGGAGACUGGGUUAAUGGAACCAACACACACUGAGACACACACACAGAGAGAGAGAGAAUAUGAUAGGAAUAUACUUACACAAACAGUUUAAAAACCAUCACAAAGAUCCAAAAGCAGUAUUUUAAGUACAUGAUUUAUAUUCAGUGAUGAUGUGUGGACAUACUACUUCACUAUUUUUAUUGUAGUCAUCUACAAAUAUAUACGGUAUAUUUUUAGUUAAAAUAAUAAAGUUUUUGGAACUUAA